CAACACUUCCUAAUUACCCAAUUUCAUUUUUACAGAUUCGAGAUGGAUCACUCAAGCGACUCAUCUGCUGCUACAAUCCCUGCAUCUUCUCCUCAAUCUCUCUCUCUUUCUUCUUCUUCUUCUCCCCCUCCGAUAUCCGCCACUCCGACCGUGGUCAUCAGCCCUUGUGCAGCUUGCAAGAUUUUGAGGCGGAGGUGUGCUGAGAAAUGCGUCUUGGCACCAUACUUUCCUCCCACCGAGCCUGCCAAGUUCACCAUUGCUCACCGCGUGUUCGGUGCUAGCAAUAUCAUCAAGUUCUUGCAGGAACUUCCAGAGUCUCAAAGGGCUGAUGCAGUGAGCAGCAUGGUUUAUGAGGCAAGUGCCAGAAUCCGAGACCCUGUAUACGGCUGUGCAGGAGCAGUUUGCCAUCUACAAAAGCAAGUCAAUGAACUGCAAGCACAAUUGGCCAAAACACAAGCCGAGCUUGUCAACAUGCAACUUCAACAGGCAAACCUUGUGGCCUUACUGUGCAUGGAAAUGGCAAAAUCCGAACCAAAUUCCCAACAAUCAGUCGACAAUUUCAUCAGUAACCCACAAAACUACCAGCUGGGCAACCUGGGAUUUCUCGAUGACAGCAAUAACAGCAACCUAGGAUCGUUUUGGGAUCAGCCUCUAUGGACAUGAUCGAAUUAUUGAUCUCAGAAAGACGGUGGAUUAGUCAAGAAAUAAUUUUCCAAUGAAGUUCUCCUAACUCCACAUGCUAAAGCAAACGCCAUGGGAAGGAGAAGCUAGGGAACAUUAAAUUAAUAAAAUUAACUCAGUAGGAGCAUAAUUAGGUUAUAAUUAAUGAUUAUAAAGGAAGAAUGCAAAUCCCAUCUCUUUGCUGAAGGUAGACGAAGCAGAUUGGAUUGGUAUUCUUCCUCUUUUAUUAUUUUUUUUUUAAUGGUAAUUUUCGGCAGAGAAAUGUGUACUUUUCUAUGCAAGUCAAUUAAUCUAUAGCAAUCUGAUUAUUGAAUUAUUGUAAUCCACAACGACUUUUUGUUCCAUUUGGUCACCUAAAUAUAUGGUAUGUACCAUU